CAAGCGGGAAAAUAGGCUUAACCUAACCUAACUUUACUCGGCCCAUUGGUAAUUGCUGUUAUAUUUUACAAAAAAAUACGAAGUUUUUACUGUUCAGCCGUUCGGAAUUAUUCCAAAACAUUCCAUGUGGCCAUGUGCAUCGACAUUUGUAAUAUAUUGAAUUAAUUAGUUUUAUGUCUUAGCGUUACCUAUAUUAUAUGAAAUAUUAGGUCAUAUUUCAAUACCAUACAUAUUGUCCAAUAUUCUCUAUCACUGCACUGAUAAUUUGAAUCAACUACAAUAAACAAGUGUUCUAUGUGAGUAAAAAAAAAUGGAUACUUUAUUUGAAAAUGGUUUAAAUCAAGUUUUGGAAUUCGAUGAAUGUGAACAAACAAAUUUUAAAAAUAAUGUUCACUGUUUUAAGAUACUAGAAGACUUACAAUCUUUACGCAAAAGUGAAGUUUUAUGUGAUAUUAGAAUCGAAGCAGAUGACGGUAAAAUAGUAUUUGCACAUAAAAAUGUUUUAAUGGCAUCUAGUCCAUAUUUCUGUGGAAUGUUUAGUAAUUUUUAUGAGAGCAAUAAAGAUGUUGUAAAUAUAAGAGAAUUAGAUUCAACUGUUUUACAACUAUUAGUUGACUAUAUUUAUACUGGAGAAAUUAUGGUCACAAAAGAAAAUGUACAGGUUUUAUUACCAGCUGGAAACCUCUUACAGUUAGAUUUUGUAAAUCAUGCAUGUACUGCUUUUUUACAAAAACAACUGGAUGCAUCUAAUUGUCUUGGUAUCAGAGCAUUUGCUGACUUACAUAACUGUACGGAAUUGUUAUCAAGAUCUGAAGCAUUAAUAAAAAAAGAGUUUUUAGAAGUGAUUAAGAGUGAUGAGUUCUUAUCUUUAUCGUCUGAAGAAGUGGUUAAGCUUAUCUCCUGUAGUGACAUUAAUGCUCCAUCAGAAGAAAAAAUAUUUGAUUGUGUUGUUAAAUGGGUAAAACAUGAUUUGGAUUUGAGAAAAGAUUUUUUGCCAGAAUUAAUGGAACAUGUACGUUUGCCAUUACUAGCAUCUAGGCCUGGUAUAUUAUUUAGUAUAGUUAACGAACCUCUUCUAAAGAAUAGUCAGAAAUGUAAUGAUUAUGUAUCUGAAGCAUUACGUUUUAAUCCACAAACAUCGGUUCAGCAUUUCGACAUUUCAAAAAUGAUCAGGUGUCAACCCAGACAGUUUGGUGGCUCACAAAAAGUUAUUCUAAUGUUCAAUUGGUCAGAUACAUUUCCAAAGUGUUAUACAGAAUGGUAUGACCCAGUUACCCAAUUACGAAAGAAUGCACCAGAGAUAAGUGAUUUUCAUGAGAUGGCUGGUCUAGGUGUAAUGAAAAAUAAGUUUGUUUUUGCUUUGGGAGGUGUGAAUAGAUCAUGUUCUCAAUCUGUUAGAAUGCUUGAUGUAUCUUCACAAUCACCAUGUUGGAUACCAAUUGUCAACAUGUUAGUUUGUAGAAAACUCCCUGGAGUUGGUGUAUUGGAUAAUUGUAUAUAUGCAGUUGGCGGAUAUGAUGGCAUCAGUUCAUUAAAUAGUGUAGAGGUAUUCAAUGUUACUUAUCAAAAAUGGCGUAUGGUGUCAAGUAUGACGAUUGUGAGACGUAAUUUGGGUGUUGGUGUACUUAAUAAUCGUUUAUACGCGGUUGGAGGUGCUAAUGGUACAUUUAUGUUCAAAUCUGUUGAAUGUUAUGAUCCCAGUAUUAACAAAUGGACACCAGUUUCGGAUAUGUCUGUUUGCCGCAGUGGUGUUGGUGUAGGUGUCUUGGACGGUGUUAUGUAUGCUAUUGGUGGUUUUAAUGGAUCUGUGGAUCUUAAAAGUGCUGAAAUCUAUAGACCAUGUGAUGGAGUUUGGUCUUCUAUUUCUGACAUGCAUUUCUCCCGAUACAGGCCUGGAGUAGUUGCGUUAAAUGGUUUAUUGUAUGUUAUUGGUGGAGAACCUGAAGAAUCUAUUCAUCAUACUGUAGAAAUUUAUAAUCCCCACACCAAUACUUGGACAUUGAAGAUAUUGUCGAGCCGUGGACGAAUUUAUGGUGGUGUUGUAGUUGAUAAACCACCAAUGUUUUUGACAAAUUAGCUUACAUAAUGGUCUCAUUGUUGGACAUUAUGAUGUACACAUAAUUAUACAUAAAUUAAUGUGAAAAAUUAAAUGUUGCUCUUUAAAUAAAUGUUUGAUAAAAAGGUUUUUGAA